CUGAUUCACAGAGAGUGAGCUCCUGCAGCUGCUGCUCCAUCCUCACACACGAGCCGAGCCUCUGUCAGGGCUGCAGCCUUUCUGCACCGCCGUGAAGCUGAACCCUAACCAGCUGUUAAACGACGCCUAUGCCUAACCAGUAGUUAGACGACGCCUAAGCCUAACCAGCCGUUAGACCCUAACCCCAAUCAGCCGUCAGACGACACCUACACCUAACCAGCCGUUAAACGACCCUAACCCUAAACCGCCACCAUGGAGGCCAUCAAAAAGAAGAUGCAGAUGUUAAAACUGGACAAGGAGAAUGCCAUAGACAGAGCAGAACAAGCCGAGGGGGACAAGAAGGGAGCGGAGGACAAAUGUAAACAGUUGGAAGAGGAGCUGCUGGGUCUGCAGAAGAAGCUGAAAGGUGUGGAGGAUGAGCUCGAUAAAUACUCCGAGUCUCUGAAAGAUGCCCAGGAGAAACUGGAGCAGGCUGAGAAGAAGGCGGCUGACGCGGAGGCGGAGGUUGCGUCUCUGAACAGGCGUAUCCAGCUGGUAGAGGAGGAGUUGGACCGAGCUCAGGAGAGGCUGGCCACGGCGCUGCAGAAGCUGGAGGAGGCGGAGAAAGCUGCAGACGAGAGCGAGAGAGGGAUGAAGGUCAUUGAGAACAGAGCAACUAAAGACGAGGAGAAGAUGGAGAUCCAGGAGAUGCAGCUGAAGGAGGCCAAACACAUCGCUGAGGAGGCCGACCGCAAAUACGAGGAGGUGGCCCGUAAGCUGGUGAUCCUGGAGGGCGACCUGGAGAGAUCUGAGGAGAGAGCUGAGGUGGCCGAGGCUAAAUCCGGCGACCUGGAGGAAGAGCUGAAAAACGUCACCAACAACCUGAAGUCCCUGGAGGCUCAGGCAGAGAAGUACUCCCAGAAAGAAGACAAAUAUGAAGAAGAGAUCCGAGUUCUCACUGACAAACUCAAAGAGGCUGAGACUCGUGCAGAGUUUGCAGAGCGAUCUGUGGCCAAACUAGAGAAGACGAUCGACGACUUGGAAGAAAAACUCGCUCAGGCCAAAGAAGAAAACCUGGACAUGCACCAAGUCCUGGACCAGACCCUGAUGGAGAUCAACAACCUGUAGAGACCUGAAACCCACUCAAAGAGACCUGGACAUGCAACAAGUCCAUGUCCAGACCCUGAUGGAGAUCAGCAACCUGAGGAACAAUAAGUGUAUAAAUAGAUACAUAAAACCUCCAUGUCCAAAACCCUGACAUGGACCAUACCCUGACAGGAACCAAACCCUGACAGGACUCAAUCCCUAAGAGGAACCAAACCCUGACAGGACCCAGUCCCUAAGAGGAACCAAACCCUGACAUGGACCCAACCCUGACAGGAACCAAACCCUGAUAUGGACCAAACCCUGACAGGACCCAAUCCCUAAGAGGAACCAAACCCUGACAUGGACACAACCCUGACAGGAACCAAACCCUGAUAUGGACCAAACCCUGACAGGACACAACCCUGACAGGAACCAAACCCUGACAGGACUCAAUCCCUAAGAGGAACCAAACCCUGACAUGGACCAAACCCUGACAGGACCCAGUCCCUAAGAGGAACCAAACCCUGACAUGGACCCAACCCUGACAGGAACCAAACCCUGAUAUGGACCAAACCCUGACAGGACCCAAUCCCUAAGAGGAACCAAACCCUGACAUGGACACAACCCUGACAGGAACCAAACCCUGAUAUGGACCAAACCCUGACAGGACCCAAUCCCUAAGAGGAACCAAACCCUGACAUGGACGAUACCCUGACAGGAACCAAACCCCGAUAUGGACCAAACCCUGACAAGAACCAAACCCUGACAUGGACCAUACCCUGACAGGAACCAAACCCUGACAGGACCCAAUCCCUAAGAGGAACGAAACCCUGACAUGGACACAACCCUGACAGGAACCAAACCCUGAUAUGGACACAAACCCUGACGGGAACCAAUUUCUAAGAGGAACCAAACCCUGACAGGACUCAGUCCCUAAGAGGAACCAAACCCUGACAUGGACCAAACCCUGACAGGACACAAUCCCUAAGAGGAACCAAACCCUGACAUGGACCAAACCCUGACAUGACCCAGUCCCUAAGAGGAACCAAACCCUGACAUGGACCCAACCCUGACAGGAACCAAACCCUGAUAUGGACCAAACCCUGACAGGACCCAAUCCCUAAGAGGAACCAAACCCUGACAUGGACCAAACCCUGACAGGACACAGUCCCUAAGAGGAACCAAACCCUGACAUGGACCAAACCCUGACAGGACCCAGUCCCUAAGAGGAACCAAACCCUGACAUGGAACCAAACCCUGACAGGAACCAAACCCUGAUAUGGACCAAACCCUGACAGGACCCAAUCCCUAAGAGGAACCAAACCCUGACAUGGACACAACCCUGACAGGAACCAAACCCUGAUAUGGACCAAACCCUGACGAGAACCAAACCCUGACAUGGACCAAACCCUGACAGGACCCAAUCCCUAAGAGGAACCAAACCCUGACAUGGACCAUACCCUGACAGGAACCAAACCCCGAUAUGGACCAAACCCUGACAGGACUCAAUCCCUAAGAGGAACCAAACCCUGACAUGGACCAAACCCUGACAGGACCCAGUCCCUAAGAGGAACCAAACCCUGACAUGGACCCAACCCUGACAGGAACCAAACCCUGACAGGAACCAAACUUUGACAGGACCCAAUCCCUAAGAGGAACCAAACCCUGACAUGGACACAACCCUGACAGGAACCAAACCCUGAUAUGGACCAAACCCUGACAAGAACCAAACCCUGACAUGGACCAUACCCUGACAGGAACCAAACCCUGACAGGACUCAGUCCCUAAGAGGAACCAAACCCUGACAUGGACCAAACCCUGACAGGACACAAUCCCUAAGAGGAACCAAACCCUGACAUGGACCAAACCCUGACAUGACCCAGUCCCUAAGAGGAACCAAACCCUGACAUGGACCCAACCCUGACAGGAACCAAACCCUGAUAUGGACCAAACCCUGACAGGACCCAAUCCCUAAGAGGAACCAAACCCUGACAUGGACCAAACCCUGACAGGACACAGUCCCUAAGAGGAACCAAACCCUGACAUGGACCAAACCCUGACAGGACCCAGUCCCUAAGAGGAACCAAACCCUGACAUGGAACCAAACCCUGACAGGAACCAAACCCUGAUAUGGACCAAACCCUGACAGGACCCAAUCCCUAAGAGGAACCAAACCCUGACAUGGACACAACCCUGACAGGAACCAAACCCUGAUAUGGACCAAACCCUGACGAGAACCAAACCCUGACAUGGACCAAACCCUGACAGGACCCAAUCCCUAAGAGGAACCAAACCCUGACAUGGACCAUACCCUGACAGGAACCAAACCCCGAUAUGGACCAAACCCUGACAGGACUCAAUCCCUAAGAGGAACCAAACCCUGACAUGGACCAAACCCUGACAGGACCCAGUCCCUAAGAGGAACCAAACCCUGACAUGGACCCAACCCUGACAGGAACCAAACCCUGACAGGAACCAAACUUUGACAGGACCCAAUCCCUAAGAGGAACCAAACCCUGACAUGGACACAACCCUGACAGGAACCAAACCCUGAUAUGGACCAAACCCUGACAAGAACCAAACCCUGACAUGGACCAUACCCUGACAGGAACCAAACCCUGACAGGACCCAAUCCCUAAGAGGUACCAAACCCUGACAUGGACCAAACCCUGACAAGAACCAAACCCUGACAUGGACCAAACCCUGACAAGAACCCUAACCCUGACAUGGACCAGACCCUAACAGGAACCAAACCCUGACAUGGACCAGACCCUAACAGGAACCAAACCCUGACAUGGACCAAACCCUGACAGGACUCAAUCCCUAAGAGGAACCAAACCCUGACAUGGACCAAACCCUGACAGGAACCAAACCCUGACAUGGACCAGACCCUAACAGGAACCAAACCCUGACAGGAACCAAACUUUGACAUGGAGCAGACCCUGACAGGAACCAAAUCCUGACAUGGACCAGACCUUGACAGGAACCAAACCCUGACAUGGACCAGACCCUAACAGGAACCAAACCCUGACAGGAACCAAAUCCUGACAUGGACCAGACCCAAACAGGAACCAAACCCUGACAGGAACCAAACCCUGACAUGGACCAGACCCGAACAGGAACCAAACCCUGACAGGAACCAUACCCUGACAUGUACCAGACCCUAACAGGAACCAAACCCUGACAGGAACCAAUCCCUGAUAGGAGCCAAACCUUGACAUGGACCAAACCCUGAUAAGAGCCAAACCUUGAUAUGGUUAAAACCCUGACAGGAACCAAACCUUGACAUUGACCAAAUGCUGACUUGGACCAGACCCUGACAGGAACCAAACCCUGACAUGGACCAGCCCUGACAUGGACCAAACCCUAACAGGAACCAAACCCUGACAGGAGCCAAACCUUGACAUGGACCAAACCCUGACAUGGACCAAACCCUGAUAAGAGCCAAACCUUGAUAUGGUUAAAACCCUGACAGAAACCAAACCUUGACAUUGACCAAAUGCUGACUUGGACCAGACCCUGACAGGAACCAAACCCUGACAUGAACCAGCCCUGACCUGUGGGAGGGUCUGCUCAGUGUUUUUUAAAGCCCUAGUUUUUAUCUGUUUCCUGUCUGUCUGGGCUUUAUUGAUUAAAAUGAAAUUUCCAUUAAAAGUCUGUUGUGUCGAUUUGUUGACCAGACCCAAACAGGAACCAAACCCUGACAGGAACCAAACCCUGACAUGGACCAGACCCAUGUCAGGUCCAUGUCAGGUUCCUGACAGGAACCAUACCCUGACAUGUACCAGACCCUAACAGGAACCAAACCCUGACAGGAACCAAUCCCUGAUAGGAGCCAAACCUUGACAUGGACCAAACCCUGAUAAGAGCCAAACCUUGAUAUGGUUAAAACCCUGACAGGAACCAAACCUUGACAUUGACCAAAUGCUGACUUGGACCAGACCCUGACAGGAACCAAACCCUGACAUGGACCAGCCCUGACAUGGACCAAACCCUAACAGGAACCAAACCCUGACAGGAGCCAAACCUUGACAUGGACCAAACCCUGACAUGGACCAAACCCUGAUAAGAGCCAAACCUUGAUAUGGUUAAAACCCUGACAGAAACCAAACCUUGACAUUGACCAAAUGCUGACUUGGACCAGACCCUGACAGGAACCAAACCCUGACAUGAACCAGCCCUGACAUGGACCAAACCCUAACAGGAACCAAACCUUGACAUGGACCAAACCCUGACAUGGACCAAACCCUGACAUAGACCACACCCUGACAUGAACCCGACCCUGACCUGUGGGAGGGUCUGCUCAGUGUUUUUUAAAGCCCUAGUUUUUAUCUGUUUCCUGUCUGUCUGGGCUUUAUUGAUUAAAAUGAAAUUUCCAUUAAAA